UUCUCUCCAGUCAGAGGAGAGCAGUCAGGAGAAGAGCAAACCUAGCGGGUUCAGCUGGCUGUGGACCGCAAACUGCUCACAUCUGACCCGCUUUUUGGUCUCGUUGGAUAUGUUUUCUCUGUUAUAAUGAUCAGAGACAUUUGCACGGUUCCCGUUAAAGGGACAGAGUCAAAAGGUCGACCCGCACAUUCGCUUGUUUGACGGGGAAGCUAAGGUUAGCGGUGUUUUACUAGCCCGCUAACGACUCACUUGGACUGUAUAGUGCCUUACAGCCGUAUUAGCUUGCUGUGCUAACGUGCUAGCUCCUGGUACUUGGGUGAUAACACCGAUCACUGCUCGUGGGAACCCCUUUAACGAAGAAGGAGCGCAUACCAAUUUGGAACAUUUAGCAUUAGCAUCACCAUCCUCCUGGAUGCGCAACCUGAAGCGAGUCACCUGAAAGGCCUGGUGCAUUUGUGGAACAACAGAAGCCAAAGCAAACCUCCACCCUGCUCCUACGCGGUUCCAGCUCAGCUGGUGGUUCAGUGGCACUUGAAAAGGGGAGGUGUGUGGUCGGCCAAGAUAACACUGCAGCAGCCCCAGGACUCUCUCCACAGGAGGAGCGUUCGGGGGGAACGCUGAGAGGAGGACAGCAGUUGCGGCCUGAGCAGGGACACGCGCAGGGAGAACUCAUGUCAAGCCCUUCUCCUCCUCGGACAGCCUAGCGAAGGUGCAGGAGGUAGCAAGCUGGCUUUUGGAGAUGAACCAGGAACUGCUGUCGGGGGACAGCAGCAGCAGGCAGAGUCGCAGAGUGGGGGCCCCAGGGGCCCCGGGGGGGCGAGGUAACGCCUCCUCCACGGCCAGGGCUCCCCAGCAGGCAGGGGUCGAUGAGGGAGAUGAGGAUGAGCACAUGAACAGAGUGGAGCUGGAGGAGCAGAGGCCUGCGGCGUCCCAAGUCGACAGUGAGAGAGAACAACCAUGGUCCUCCAACGAAUCUGGCACCAACGGCCCUCGCCCGGAGCCCGAGCAGAGAGAAGAGGAGCGGGCCAGCGAGGUGAACGGGCGUCCCAAAGGAACAGGCCGCUGGUCCUGGAACCCCCAACAGAGGAGACUCAGGGGGCAAGCGCUACCAGAGGAGGAAGAGGAGGAGGAGAACAAUAACUCCAGUCACCUGGAGGAGGAGGAGAGGACCGAGGGUGGGGAGGAGGAGCAGGGGAGAGAAGAAGAGGAGCGAGAGGAGGAGGAAGAGGAGGAUGAAGAGGACAUGGACCAGGACAGUGAUGACUUUGAGCAUUCAGCUGAGAGCGGCCGGGAGGAGGAAGAGGAGGAGGAAGGCCCACCAUCGCCCUCCAUAAGGACCAGUGUGUCUGCUCCCAACAGCCUGGACUCCAGUUGUACGCACCAAAGCUCUUCCAACAAAAAGAUGAAGAGGAAGUUGGACCAUGGCCCCGAGGUCCGAUCAUUCCCUUCAGGAAAGAAACCCUGCAAAGGCACAGAAUAUCCAAGCCCGGCAGGAAUCGUCCCAUGUCCGGCCACGCCCACCACCUUCGGCCACAUCCGCACAGCCAACGGUCAGGGGCAGCAGAGGCGGCGCAUCACCUCCAUCCAGCCUCCCACGGGUCUUCAGGAAUGGCUCAGGACAUUUCAGAGCUGGACCGGACCCGAGAAGCUGCUGGCGCUGGAUGAGUUGAUUGACAGCUGUGAGCCCACGCAAGUCAAGCAUAUGAUGCAGGUGAUCGAGCCGCAGUUUCAGAGAGACUUCAUUUCUCUGCUGCCCAAAGAGCUGGCUCUGUACGUGCUGUCAUUCCUGGAACCCAAGGACCUCCUCCAGGCCGCACAGACGUGUCGUUACUGGCGCAUCCUGGCAGAAGACAACCUGCUGUGGAGGGAGAAGUGUCGGGAAGAGGGCAUCGACGAGCCUCUACCGCCCAAGAAGAGGAAAGUGGUGAAACCCGGGUUCACGCACAGCCCCUGGAAGAGUGCUUACAUCAGGCAACACCGAAUAGACACCAACUGGAGGAGGGGGGACCUCAAAUCACCAAAGGUGCUGAAAGGUCACGACGACCACGUGAUCACCUGCCUGCAGUUCUGUGGCAACCGCAUCGUGAGCGGCUCCGACGACAACACGCUCAAAGUGUGGUCGGCCAUCACGGGGAAGUGCUUGAGGACGCUGGUUGGUCACACGGGAGGCGUCUGGUCAUCCCAAAUGAGGGACAACAUCAUCAUAAGCGGAUCCACGGACCGCACGCUCAAAGUCUGGAACGCCGAGACCGGAGAAUGUAUCCACACCCUGUACGGACAUACCUCAACUGUGCGCUGCAUGCAUCUACACGAGAAAAGGGUAGUGAGCGGCUCUCGGGAUGCUACACUUCGAGUGUGGGACAUCGAGAGCGGUCAGUGUUUACACGUUCUGAUGGGCCACGUGGCUGCUGUGCGCUGUGUCCAGUACGACGGGCGCAGGGUGGUCAGCGGAGCUUACGACUUCAUGGUCAAAGUGUGGGACCCCGAGACAGAAACCUGCCUCCACACGCUGCAAGGACACACCAACAGAGUCUACUCUUUACAGUUUGAUGGGAUCCAUGUAGUGAGCGGCUCAUUGGACACCUCUAUCCGGGUGUGGGAUGUGGAGACAGGGAACUGCAUCCACACGCUGACGGGACACCAGUCUCUGACCAGCGGCAUGGAGCUCAAGGACAACAUCCUGGUAUCGGGCAACGCAGAUUCCACUGUCAAGAUCUGGGACAUCAAGACGGGCCAGUGCCUGCAGACACUCCAAGGUCCACACAAGCACCAGAGCGCCGUCACGUGCCUCCAGUUCAACAAGAACUUUGUCAUCACCAGCUCGGACGACGGCACAGUCAAACUGUGGGACCUGAAGACGGGCGAGUUCAUCCGCAACCUGGUGACCCUGGAGAGUGGGGGCAGUGGGGGCGUGGUGUGGAGGAUCCGAGCGUCCAACACCAAACUGGUCUGUGCUGUGGGCAGUCGCAACGGCACUGAGGAGACCAAGCUGCUCGUGCUGGACUUUGACGUAGACAUGAAGUGAGGGGGACACCGCGGGGACAUAGGACAACACGAGACAGAGAGAGGGAAGAAAGGGGGGCGGGUGUCAGGAAAAGCCCACCCGGAUGUCCUCCUCGCACAGCGACCGUCCUGUCCUCCGCGUCCUCCACCCCGUCCCCUGGGCCACGUGUUACUGACCCUGCUCUAUGUCAGGGGGACCGGGCGGGACACGGGGCAGGGAUCUUGCCUCUGAUUGGAUGAGAAGAUAAUAGGAAGCAGGAACUGAGUGGAGUCAUUUCCCAGUCGGGUUGGUUAGCUUUGCGCAGACUUGGUUUUAUCUCACGCCUGACAGAUUGGGACAUGUACAGAGGUAUAUUAUUUUUUAAAGUCACCCGUCGAUGCCCACAAACACUUGCACUUGCUCUGGAGCCGAGCAGUGAAGACAGCGUGUACACAAAGAGAUUGAGGGAGAUGUUCAGGUGCAUUUCCACACCUUAUGAGCUGCUUGUUGUGAAGGAGUGAAAGCUGAAAGACCAUCGGCUGCCAGCCCGAGGGCGGGGCCUGGGGUCAGGCUCGUUUCUUGUCACUCCGUUUCUUUCAUGUUUUCCACUUGGUUUUCACUAGGUUUUUCUUUACAGUGUCUCACAACCACAACUGUGAAUUUCAGGACUUUUCAUUUGCUUUAUCAUAUGAGUUUCCUGUUGUAAUUGUUUCUGUCCUUGCCGUUGCCAAUAGGAACCGAUCCCAGUAUUAGAACCUGCUCACUUUAGGUUUGCUGUCGAUACGUCACAGGGUUAUUUUGUUGGAGUAGUUUGUUUCUGUUGUACACAUGGUGGGUGUGUAGCACAUUGAUGCUGUCCAGAGGUUUUCAGUCCAGCUGUGCAGUGCUGUUAUGAGAGGAAGUGGAGCUCCUCUGCUGUCGGCCUGCAGCCCCUCCCCCUCUAUGUUUCCCAAGUGGCCAAACUGUAUCUAUGCUGCUAGUCCAAUGGAAAAGACAUGAACUUUAACUUGCUGCGACGUUUUAGUCCCAGGCAAAAUUCCAAAUUGAACUGUUUGGACGUAAAGUCACAAAACUAAAGUUAACAUCGACAUUUAGAUUUUAGUUUGUUUUUGCCACUGAAACUUGAGCCAAACGUGCCUCUACGAGGCUGCGGCGAGGCGUGCCGCCUGCAGAGGAUGGGGGAUGUACACUGUUGGAGUGUGAGUGCAUGUGUGUGUGUGUGUGUGUGUGCGCGCGUGUGUGUGUCAUGGGCUACUUGUAAACACAUUCCUGGGGACAUCGCUCUUUGGGCUUGUUCUUUGGGGAAAUGUUCAAAUGCCACAAAAACAAAGAGACUAUGGGCUGUGUGAGAGAAGUGUUGUUCUUGUGUGAUGGUUCAUUCAAUGAUGUCUGAAGCUACAGAGGAGAGCAGCGCUGGAGCCCUGAGCCCCAUGUGCUGUCAGACCACAACACAACAAAACCCUCUCAAUCUCCAAGAGUCACAACUCAAGCUGAACUGUGAAAGUGCUAUAACACUGUAUAUUAAAGCAGAAAAAACAAUGGCUCUAUCUCCUCUUGUUGUUUCUCCCUGUUUAAUUUAUGAUCUGGUUUGAGAAUCAGAUUUGUCACAGGUGUUUUAUUUUCAGUUUCUGUAAAACUGCCUGGCAAAAAGAAAACCGUCAGAAAAAAACCUUAAAGGUAUUGUGUAUUGUUUGAUUCACUUAGAAUUUUAUUUUCUUAUAACUUAAGUGCAAUAAAAUGUGGGUUUUUCUUUUUCAUUUCAA